AUGGCGAAGAGGAGGAGCCUGUCCAACCUGGUGGUGUCUUGUAAGUGGGCGUCCUGCACCUUCAAAGGCCACUGCAUGGAGGAGCUCAGCGAACACAUGUCACUGCACCUGAAGGAUCACCUAGGAGACAGAGAUGCUAUGGAGGAACUAGGUGGGUUGGUGAGAGGACUGGCAGAUGACAACUACACCAGUGUCUCAGUAUUGUCCCAAUAGCUUCCUUUCCCUAGUCUUUUCCGUCAGGUGAAAGCAAAUGUAUUAUUUGGAAUCUUUCCGGCCCCUACAGUCUGUCGGUGAUUGCAAGGGAAAGUAGUCAAGGACAGGAAGCCUUUGAAAAGUACUGAGACACAGUUGAUUAUAUGCUGAUCAGAAUAUCACUAACAGCACCUACUGCCUUUCGCCAGAUAACGUGUGUUGUGUUGCUCCCUCCAGAUGACUAUGCGUGUCUGUGGGAGGGCUGUGAGUUCCUGGCUAUGGGCAGCCCCAGGGAGCUGGAGAUCCACGCUCACUUCCACACCUUCCACAACAAACUCAAGUUUAUCGGGGAGCAGCUGCUCAAGUCCCACCCCAACUUCCCCAGCUGCACCCAGGACCUCCACAGCAACAACCUGGUCCCUGAGAUCUCAGAGGGAUUCGUGUGCCAGUGGGAGCACUGUGAUGUAAGUUAAUAAUACAAUGGGGGUUGAUUCUGCAUCCCACUGUUUGACAUCUCUCUUAUAAUCCACUGCCACCCUCAGUGACUCUUUGUAUGUGAUAUACUUAAUUUUUGUUGUUGUCUUUUGCUAUAGAGUACAUUUAACAACCCUGAGUGGUUCUAUCGGCAUGUGGACAUGCACGCUCAUUGCACUGGGCUCUCUCCUCUCCCAGACCAGCAGCAGGCCAUCUUCUGCAGCUGGAAAGGUACUGCUAGGGGCAAGGAAGGGAUCACAUUAUACUGUAUCAGCACAGCCUUUCCUGCUGUAGUGCUGCAUUGAAUACACUGUAUGUUUUGUUGGCCAGCUUCAGCUGAUACCCUCGUCAUGUGUUUCCACAGGUUGUGAUGCAUUCUUUAAGAUCAAGUACCGUCUGCGGGAGCACCUGCGCAGCCACACUCAGGAGCGUCUGGUGGCCUGCCCCACCUGCGGCUGCAUGUUCUCCAGCAACACCAAGUUCUUCGACCACAUCCACAGACAGGCCGAGCCAGAGGGUGAAUGGGCUCAGCUCUGCCUGGCCAGAAGUCACUGUUUUACAGCUCAUAGGCAUAUAUGUUAUUGGCUUAGCUUUUAAUUUCAUUGAAUGCCCUCUGAUUCUUGCAGAGUCACUGGUGUGUGAGCAUUGUGACAAAGGCUUUGCCAAUGAGAGACUGUUGAGAGACCACGUACGACAGCAUGGUGAGUGUGCUGUUCUCCACCACUUCUCUGUUCAGUAUUAUUUAGCUCAUUUUCCAUGUCUGGCUUCGACAUGUACAUCUAUUAGUCAAGCAGAUUUAAUUUAGUUGUAGUGCUAUCAAUAGGGUUUGUCAAUAAGAUAUUUUGAUCGGCUGAUGAUGGCUGUUGUCUGUGUCCAGUUUCUUUCACUGUAAACCUUGAGUGAUCUAUCCUCUGCCUCUCCCAGUGAACCAUAUCAAGUGUCCCCUGUGUGACAUGACCUGCACCUCUCUCGCCACUCUGAAGAUCCACAUCAAGUUCCGCCAUUGUGACGAGCGACCCUUUCCCUGUGACUUCUGUGAGAGCAGGUUGUUGUCCCACAGACUCAUCAGACUCCCCACAACUUGCUGACCCUUAUGGACUGUAUACAUAUUGUGUACAUUAUUUUGCUUACACUCUGUUGUUUAUGAUGUAUGUCUCCCAGCUUUAAGAACCAGCACGACCUGCGGAAGCACAUGGAGACCCAUAAUGAGGGGGCGGCCUACCACUGCUCUGUAGAGGGCUGUGACUACUCCUCCCGCAUGGCCCACACCAUGAACCAGCACUACAGGAGAGUACAUGAGGUACUUCAGACUGCCUGCAGGGGGCGCCAAACACUCAUUCAGUGCUCAAUAGACCUACAGAAUCAAGAUCAGUGUCAAAGCUAGACUUUUUCAUUUGCAAAAACGCUUUUGGGUUUGUGGAAUUUUGAUCAAGUGUACUGUACUUGACACUUGUAUAAUUCUCCUCUGUAGGGUGGAAUGGUCUCGAAAUACAAGUGUCAUCUCUGUGACAAAACCUUCUCUUGGUGUUACACACUCACUCUUCACUUGCGCAAGAAACACCACUUGAAAUGGCCCUCUGGACACUCCCGCUUCAGGUAUGAACAACACUUAAUCUUUCCCUUAUGUGAUGAGUUAACAUGAGUUAGUCAGUUUUACCAUAAGGUGGUGGUUGUUGAUUAUUUGGCUCCACAGAUACAAGGAGGAUGAAGAUGGCUACCUGAGGCUGAACAUGGUGCGUUAUGAGACAGUGGAGGUGACUCAGGAGAUCAUGAAGAACAUGGCUAAAAAGAGGACGCUCCAUAAGGGCCGCGGGUCCAGCAGCCGAGCCAAGAGAGCUGCCACCCGGGCAGACAGGAGUCACGGCUCUCCCCCUGGCUCGUCCUCCCCCUCCUCUUGCUCCUCCUCUUCCUCAGAGCUCUCUGCAGGGGAGGAGACGUCAGCCCAGCCCAGCCCCAGGGGCAGUGACUCACCUGUGUACUGUGUCCUGAGUAACGUGUCUGAUAUGGGGGAUGACCCCGACGCCACCCGGGAUGGCUCUGACUCCUGCGGGCCCUCAGGUGCUGUGAGGGCCCUGACUGAGGUGGCCAGGGGUCUGGGGAUGGAUGUUGUGUGA